CAUUUUUGCGCCAUACGGGUUUUUGCCGUUUUGAGGUUCAAAAGAGAGGGAAAAACGAGGGCUUAUAAAAUUUCCGCCUAGAGUUGCUAAUUCUAAUCAAAGAGACGAUGGCUGAAGAAGCAGCAAUUUCAGAAACAACAAGCCCUAUGGCGGAGCAAAACCAGAACUCGGUGAACGCCACCAUCGAAUCUGGUGUUCAAGAAGGUACAGAAUCAACUUGCAACAACAAUAAUAAUGCUGAGAGUUCUGUGGUUACUUCUGAUGGUGACCGUGAAAAAUCCCUGGAGUACGCCGAUGAGUUAAUGGUGAAAGGCUCCAUGGCAUCUAAAGAUGGAGAUUAUGGAGAAGCUGUAGAAUGCUAUAGCCGUGCCAUGGAAAUCCGGGUUGCACAUUUUGGUGAACUUGCUCCUGAAUGUAUCAAUGCAUACUAUAAAUAUGGGUGUGCUUUGUUGUACAAAGCUCAGGAGGAGGCCGAUCCUUUGGUUUCUUUGCCAAAAAAGGACAGCGGGUCUCAACAAGAUUCUAAUAGAGACGGCUCUGUUAAAAGUGUUGUUAGUUGUGAGUCUUCUAUCUCAAGUACUGCUGAACCAGGUGGAAGUUCGAAUGGAAAGGAAAAAGUGGAAGAUGAUGCUGCAGAGGAAAACGAAGAUGAAGGAGAUGAAGAAGAAAGUGUUGAUGAGGACCUGGCUGAAGGUGAUGAGGAUGAAACUGACCUGGAUUUGGCCUGGAAACUGUUAGAUGUUGCAAGGGCAAUUGCUGAAAAGCACUCUGGUGACACAAUGGAAAAAGUGGAUGUAUUAUCAGCUUUGGCUGAGGUAGCCUUGGAAAGAGAGGAUGUUGAAACUUCCCUUGGUGAUUACCUGAAGGCAUUAUCCAUUUUGGAACGUUUGGUUGAACCUGACAGUCGCCAUAUUGCUGAGCUCAACUUUAGGAUUUGCUUAUGUCUGGAAAUUGGUUCUAAGCAUCAGGAAGCCAUACCAUACUGCCAAAAAGCUCUUUCAACUUGCAAGUCGCGGCUGCAGAGGCUCACCGAUGAAAUAAAGCUUUUGUCAGAAUCAGCAGAAAGAUUAGCUACUACUAAUCUAGAUCAGAUUGCGAGACAGUCUUCCAGUGCAUCACAGUCCGACUCUGUAUCUGCUAAAGAAGCUGAAGUUGAAACGCUCACUGGUCUAUCUGCAGAAUUGGAGAAGAAGCUUGAAGAUUUGCAGCAGUGCAUGUCAAAUCCAUCAUCUAUCCUCUCGGAUAUUUUGGGAAUGGUUUCUGCAAAAGCAAGAAGUAUGGAGAAAGCUGAUGCUUCUGUUGCUGUGAGCUCCUCACAAAUGGGUGCUGGUGCCAGUGGUAGCGGAAGUUUUGACUCUCCAACUGUUUCCACUGCCCACACAAAUGGUGCAGCUGGAAUAACUCAUCUUGGAGUAGUUGGAAGAGGAGUCAAGAGGGUGCAUCUAAACACAACUACAGAAUCUAGUCCAGCAAAAAAACCUGCAUCUGAGCAGCCGUCUGAUAAUGGAGAUGGUGGUGCCUCGUAAAGAAUGUAUUGUUGCUGCUUCAAUUAAGUAAUGUUUAACAUAUAAAUUUAGCUUAUUGACAACAUUAGUGGAUUGCCUUAGUUUGUCGCACUCUCUGUUCGUUAGGUGGGAAGUGUGUUGCCACAGAUGGCAUCAGUUUAUUUCCUUUCCUUGAUUGCAUGUAUGCAUGUUAACUAUUCUGUAUGUGUUGCUGCUUUGUUUCUUCUGCAGUAUGUUUUUUUAUAUAAUCUACUUAACGACUCAGAAGUUUACAUCUUUGAACGAAA